AUGAAAAAUACGAAUUGGACGGGUGAAUAUUUUGCAGGAGUUAUUCGAAAAUAUGUUCCGAGAGAUGUAAGUUGCUUGAAAUCUGAGAAAAAUUAGAAAAAAUCUAUAUUUUCAGAAAAUUUCACAUAGUUUUUUGGAAGAAUUGAAGGAAGAAAACGCUGGAAAAAUUUUAGAAAUCAUAUAUAUGAAAGAUGUAAUUGCAAAAUGUAUGGAAAAUUCGCCUGAAAUGCAAGCAGUUUAUGAAUCGCCUCAAAAAUUGCUAUUUUAUCUUUUCAAAUAUCAAGGGUUCUCAAAUAGCUCAUUUUACUUUGCAAGUGGAUUAAAUUUUCAAAAUGAACCUGUUAUAUUAGCUGAAAAGGUAUCAGAUGGCCAAUAUCGAAAGUUUGUGUCAAAAGAGGAUUCGCUUUCAACAUUAUAUCAAAAAUAUGAAAAUGAGAGUUCUUUAGAUAUUUAUGCUGGAGAACUCAAGAAAAAGAUAUUAAAUCAAAUUGGAAGUCAAUUAAGUGGAAGAUAUGAAUUGAUUCCCAAGUUUUUCAUGAUGUUAAAAAUUGAUAAUCAUUUCAAAAUGAUGAAAUGUCCAGAUUAUUCGAAUUUUACUUUUGUGGAUCAAAAUGCAGAAAUAUUCAAAAAUAAAAAAAGAGAAGAUAUUGAACGAUUUAUGCAUGAAGUUUAUGAUUGGGAUUAUUCAUUGCAGACGUUUUUUAGAGAUGCAAAUUGGUUCCACGAUAAAUAUCCAGUACUUCGAUGUUUUCAAGAUGAAGAAAAAGAAAAUCAUUUACUUAUUGCAAAAGAGGUCGAAAAUGUUUUGAAUAUUUCAAUGAAAUUAAGAUAUAAAUCAAAAUUUCCGAUUGGAUUGGUUCGAGUGGAAACUGAAGAAGAGAGAAAGCUUGGAAUUGUGAGGACACUGGAAUUCAAACAAUUGGAGAAAAUAUUGAACGUUCUGAAAUUGGAAAGAUCUGAUUUAUUUGUAAGUGAUAAAAAUUGACAAGAAAUAACAGUUUUAUAUAAAUACAUUGUUCAAAUUUCUGGAAAUAGGCACCUACAAAUAUGUUGCUAUUUCCUUGUUUUAUUGAUUUAAGUCUUUUCAAUUUCCUGGAAGAAUUUCAAUAUUUUGCAGAUAGUCCCUUGUCCAAUCGAAAUAGUCGGAAAAGUCCACCAAGUUCCGAUUCCAACUCCAUAUGGAACAUUUUGUAAACUCGCAUGUUGGUCUUUUUUCGAACUUUUUGAUGAACUUUCAUUUGGAAUGGAUUUAUUCAAAGGUGUUAAACCUGAAAAUAUUCGAAUAAUUCAAAAAUGGUUUGAAGAUUUGUUAACUGAUACAGGAGUAUUUUCGACAAAACGAGGAUAUCGAUAUUUUAUUGAAACUUGGAAAUUGGAUGAAAUUUAUGAAAAAGCUUAUACUGAAUUGCGUAUUUUGAUAACUGAACCGAUUCCAAGAUUCAAUUAUAGAGAGGCUUUCAAUAGAAAAGGAGCAUUGACGGAACUUUCGAAAUUUACUGAAAAUUUAGAAUUAAAAGAUAAACAAGAAAUUGAUGAAAAUAUGAGAAAACGAAUUUGGAAAGAAAUUGGAGAUUGUAUAAAAGCUAAUGAAGUUAUUCAAAUUUAUAAUGAAAGUAUGUGGGAUUAUAUGAGUAGAAGAGUCGCAAAAAUGUCGGUUUUCAUGGAAAUUCAAGGAUUUAUAGAUGUUUAUGGGCCGGAAUCAUAUGAGAAACAAAAAAUUACGUUUACUCAACAUUCGGAACUUUUUAAAAAUGCGUUUAUGUAAGUUUUUGACACAGAAGAAGCCUUUGCUUUUUCAGGUCCUGUUUGUUGCAGAAAUUGCUAAUCAAAAAAUAUUGAAUUUUUCCAGGAAAUUCCUGCCAAACAUCCCAUUUGAACCGAUUUUGACCGAAAGAGAAAUGAUUGCUUAUAUUAGACGAGGGAUGGGAAAAGAUGGUGCAACUGAAUAUAUUGUCGAAGACCAAAAUGAAUUUGAUAAAUUCAGCAAAUUCAUGCCAUUAUUUAUUGAAAGAUGCCCGAAAAAUGGUGAAAUUUAUGUGAAAAGAAAAGCGAAUCCUGGCGAUUUGCCACCUGAAUUAUUUGAAAAUUGUGAGAAAUUGAGCGAGUCUGAAGUGUCUGAAUUGAUAGAACGAUUAACAAGAUUACUAACGUGGGUUUUUUUUGGGUCUUGUCUCGAUUCCUUGGGGAUCAUUUUCUAAUAUAUUUUUUUUCACAGAAACUUAUCUGGGCCCUUGUGUUUCGGGGGUAAAGCAGUCGAUAUUUUAUGAAAAAUCUUUUCUUACUACCCUAAGCACUUUUUAGCAAAUCUCCGAAUGAAGCUGACCGACAAAAAAGCAAUGAUUUGAUCGAGAAUUUCAAUCGGUUUUUGAAAUAA